AUGGUCAAUCGUCUAAUAUUGUUCUUGUAUUUGCUGCUGUUUCUCAAUUUUUGUGAAGCUGAAAAUCCGAAAAUACAGAGUAAGUGUUUUUAUAUUUGUAAAGGCUAUUUACUAUCAUAAAAUAAUGGGUUUACAUAGUAAAAAUGGUAAUUUUGGGUUUAUGAACGAAAUGUCAAAAUCAAUAGUGACAUUUUUUUUAAUUCUAAAACAGUUGUAUUAUUGUUUUUUACUUGUUUUUGUAGUUUUCUUAUCGUGUUUCAAGAGAGAAAUUAUUUUUAUAUUUACUUAAUAAAUUAGAAGAGUACGUAAUGUCAAAAUCAAUAAUUUACAUUUCGUCAAAAUUUGAAAAGUGAUGAUAUAUGUCAAUAUGAAGCUAUCUUAACAUGAGAAAGCCUAUAGAAACCAUUUUUCAAUUCAGGAUUCAAUUGUUAGUGACAUUUUAUACUUUGAAAUUUAAUUUUUUUUUAUAUUUACUUUGAAAUUUUAAGAAUUUUUAAAUUAUAUUUUUAGUCAUUCCAAAAUGUGACUAUGACAAAGUGCUAAUACAAAUCAUCUUCACCAAAGAGUAUCAGCCGAAUGGCGAGUUUUAUGAUUGGAUUAUUGUUGGUGAAACCGGCAAAAGUGAGUGCAGAAGGAAGGGAAAUGGCGAACUCAAGUAUGUCGUGGAACUGUCGGUUGUGGCUGAUACUUGUGGCACUAAGUUGGUAAGAUAUUCUGUAGGCUUAAAGGUGAAGAGGUAUACGUUUUUUGAGGUUUAAAGAUGUCUAACAAGGGAAGUGUCUCACCUCAUUCCGGAGAUAUGAAUCGAGACUAGGCUCGUUGGAAAGUCGAUUUAAAUACAAAUUUAACAAAAAAAAAUUUAGCUGCCGAAUAAGCCCCUGAGGCAAGUUAUGACGGUUUAAAAAUUUGCAGUGCUUUUUUCGUUUUGCGUUUGAGAACGAUUGGGAUCGAGAAAGAAAACAAGGGGAACCGAUGAUUUGGUGCUUCAGUGGUUGGGUGUUGGGUUUAGGGGUGAAAGGGUAAGGGGGUUCGAUCCCUGCCAACUCGUUUUCCUUCAACAAGUUACAAAAAAAAAUUUUUUUGUUUUUUGUACUAUGUAGCAUUGAAUAGAGUAUUUUUAAUCAGUUAAAUACAAAAAUUAAGCAAUUUGACAAAUUAUUAAACUUUAAAAUUUUUUGGAAAUUUUUCCAAUUUAUUGGGUAGACGCAUCAACAUGGUUAGCAUCAAUGGCGAUUGGUUUGAAAUAUUCGAGACUGAUGACAUUCGUUUCUUCCCUGAUUAUCAGUUGCCUCACAAUGACGCCGAAGCUGUUGAAUUUUCUGAAGGAAGGGAAAGCAAGGUUACUUUUUCUGAUGGUUCAGUUAUUCUAGGUAAUAGGGUGCUCAACGUUUUUUCAGAAAUUACGAAAAAUUUCCAAAAAAAAUUUUAAAGUUUAAUAAUUUGUCAAAUUGCUUAAUUUUUGUAUUCAACUGAUUAAAACUACUCUAUUCAAUGCUAUAUAGUACAAAAAACAAAAAUUUUUUUUGGAAGCUGUUAAAGCAAAACAAGUUGGCAGGGAUCGAACUCUUAUGCUUUCACCCCUAAACCCAACACCUAACCACUGAACCACUGAAUCAUCGGUUCCCAUUGUUUUCUUUCUCGCUCCCAAUCGUUUUCAAACUCAAACCAGGGAAAGCGCUGCAAAUUUUUAAACCGUCGUAACUUGCCUCAGGGGCUUAUUCGGCAGCUAAAUUUUUUUUGUUAAAUUUGUAUUUAAAUAGGCUUUCCAACGAGCCUAGUCUUGAUUCAUAUCUCCGGAAUGAGGUGAGACACUUCCCUUGUAAAGUAUAUUGCUCUACCGUGUACUGCAUUACUUUACUCUUACCCUAUAAUACCUUACCCUACAUUGUAUUACCUUAUCCUACCCUACAAUAGAGUAAAGCAGCUUUUUUAUUAAAAUGCCACUACAAUUUCAAUUUUAAAUUCGAUCGUAUUUUAGCAGACAAGUGGCAUAUUCCAAAACUCAAUUCGAAUUGCUCAAUUCCCGGGUCUUAUCCUACAAGACGACUCCAACUUCACCUUCAAAUGUGUUCUUGGACUGCCAGAAAUCGAAGAAUUUAAAUUACCUCAAGUAAACCCAACUUUUGAUGUCAAGAAAAAGUAAGUUUACCAUGAGAUUUUGCUCAAUGUGAAAUAUUUUUUUGGUUUUCAUGUUAAAGUAAGGUAAUAAAAGCUAUGGGCAAACCUUAGAAUGUGGCUAGAAAUAGGAGAGGCUUCUAGCGUUAGGAUUAGAGCUAGGGCUAGGUUUAUGACUAGGACCAGGGCUAUAGCUAGGCUUCGAGCCAGGUUAAAGCUAGGGUUAGAACUAGAGCUAGGCUUAUGGCUAGGACUAAGAUUAGGGAUAAGGCUAGGGCCAGGUAUAGGGCUAAGUCUAAAACCUAGAUAUUUUUUGCUUUACCCUGCUCCACCCUAACCUGCCAUACCCUAUAUUGCCUUAGAUCUGGGGCUAGGCUUAGAUUAGAGCUAGAAAUUAGAGUAUGGUAGUUUGCCGGCUGGGACUUUUUCCAACUUUUCCUUUAAAAAAUUGAAGUUAUCCACCCCCUUUCAGUCUAAUAACCGACAUCACCCCCUUCCCACCUCUAAUCUCUGAGCCAGUCCGUCCAUCAAUAUUCGAAACCCCCAAGGAUUCAAAAGAUCUGACACAAAACCUAUUCAACAACAAGAACAUGGAAGACCUGGCCAUGGAACUUGCUCACGAUGACAGUCAUCAAGCCAAAGUGGCAAAAGCCAGCAACAAUUUACUAGCCAUUCUACUGAGUGCUUUUGUCAUACUUAUAAUUACUGUAGUUUUGCUGAUACUGUAUGUUUGUUUGAAGCAGUAUCAGGCAAAGAGGCAGAAUGAUGGAAGGUUGAAUAUGGAGACGGCUACACCUACUACUGCUUCACCUGGUACGGUUUUUAAGGUUUGUCGAAUUUGGUUUGAAACAGAAUGCCAAAAAAGUUUUUUCUUCAAAAUUUUGAACAUUUAAAAAAUUAUUUUUUUAUGAUUUUUUUCAUUUAAAAUUUUUUUACAUUUUUCUAAUCAAAAUGCUAUUUUAGGUGUGACAAACCAAGAUGAAGAUGGUCCAUGGUGGAGUAACAAGUCCUCAGGCCAUUCAAACUACCUUUUGGGGGCGAAUUUCAAACAAAAUAAAGUUUUUGAGUAAGUUGUUUAACUAGCCUUUAUAAAAAAAUUUUUUUUUCUUCCCUUCAGUUCCUACCUACAUCAAUAUGUCUUUCUAUACCCAAAAAUUUAAAAAAUUUUUUAAUUUUUUUAAAAAAUUUACAAAAUGAACUUGCCAGAUUAAAUAAACGAACCGCAGCCCCCAGGCCAGACCAUAACCGAGUAACAUCGUCGUAUGUUGAGGAUGAAACUGAACGAGCGGUCGAUGUCAUUGGGUUACCUGGUCAUAGACCAAAUGAAGUCUUUGCUGAAGCCUUUAGAAGGAAUGGGAAUAGUACAGCUACGAGUCAAGUUGACGAUACUGACACUGUUAGAACACCACAAAGCUACGCCGAAUGGAGAGAAAAGGUGCUACGGUAAGUUGAGAGUAGGGUGGGUAGAGUACUGUAGGGUAGAGCAGGGUGAGAUAUGAUAGGGUAGGGUAAGGUAGAGUAGAAUAUGAUAAGGGAGGGUAGAGUAUGAUAGCUCAGUGUAUAUGGUAGGAUACGAUGCGGUAUACGCUGCAGUAGAGCAAGGUAAACUAAAAUAUACCUGUAAUAACUUCAAAUUUCUAGUGGAAAGACCGGUAACAAAUCCUCAGAAACCUUGGACCGAAAGAGAGAUGAUGAUGAACAAGAAAUGGCAGAGGGAUGCCUGACUCCAGUACGGUCGAUAACGGAGAUCUAUCGUUCCGCCGAAACUCGACUUCAGAAAAUGAUGGCUAAUCAAGGACAAGAUAAUCGAUCAGAGAGCUCUGUUGAAGGUGGGACAACAAUAUUUUUUUUCAAAUCAUUCUGUACCCUCUCUCAAAGCUAAUUUUUGGAGUUAGGGGGCACAGAAUUAUUUGAAAAAAUUACAUUUAUUGGGUAUUUCAAAUAAUUCUGAGCCCCGUAUCAAAGAAAAUUUUCGGGAUUAGGGGCACAAAAUUAUCUGAAUACCCCGAUAUGACGUUGUAUAAAAAGUAAUAAGCUACUUAGCUUUGAUAAUUUCAAAAAAACAAAAUUUUAAAAUUUAAAAAAGCUUAUUGUAGGUGAAUACUCAAUCCCAAUCCAACAAAUGCCAAUGGAUAAGAAAUCAUCGGAGCUACUAGGCCAUUCUGUCGAUUCAAUUCGAGGUUUCGGGGCCAGAAAACUGACUGAACAAGAGAUUUGUAAGUUUUGAAGAAUCACUGUAACUUAUCCUACUAAACUUCAAAAAAAAACUUUGCUGCGAAAGGAGAAUCAAACUUUUUCUUCGUUCAAAUAAUUAUGUGCUCCCUCACAAAGCAAAGUUUUGGGGUUAGGGACACAUAAUUAUUUGAAAAACAUAAUAUUUCAAAAGUUUUUGCACUACCUACAUUAUUAUAGUCUUUAUGCUACCUAUACUACUAUAGAGUAUAUGAUGGUGUAGCUAGUGUAAACUAACGCUUUUACCGUAAUACAAGUAGUGUAAGGAAAAUGCAACCUAUUAUACUAUAUGAAAAAAAUAUAUAUAGAUGAACUUUAAAACUUUAAUUUAAAUUCAAUUUUUCAGCCCGAUGGCGUCAAUUAAUCACUACCGACACCCAGCUCCAAACCCACGUCCUCAACGCCAAAUCAUUGGAAGAUUUAAGGGCCAUAACCGAACUGGCAGACUACAGACUCUUCUUCACGCGAAUCAAAUGGACACAAAUUAUGGAUUGCGUGUAUGAUGCCCUAAGGGAGCCGGACAAGAUCUCGAUGAAUCGAACUUUGAAACGAAAGAAGAACGAAACCGAGGAACGACAGAAGACUUACAGUGCUGACAGGAGUAGGACAACGUACGAUGAGAAUCUGAAGUCAAAAUAUGGGGAGGAGAUUCAGAAGUCAAGGCAUGAUGAGCUUCAGAAGUCACGACAUGAUGAGCUUCAGAAAACCAAGUACGAUGACAAUAUUGCCAAUGUUAAGACCAAAUAUAGUACAGAAAGUCUUAAGAAACCCUAUUCAGAAGCCCAAUCGUAUCAAGAAGGAAACUUGAGGAAUGUUUAUCAAGACGAAGCUCUGAAAGCGAGGCACGGUGAAGACCGUUCAGAAGAACGACCAAAACCCGUUUAUCAUAGAGCUGUGAAUCACUGGUGA